CCCAGCCCUGCCACUGAGCUCAAGGCAAGCUGCCGAACACUUCCCACUGCAAAACUACUUACUAACAACAAAAUUUCAAUAAGGUCCCUAACUCUCCACUCUACUACUUACCCAGCUUCAAGUGAGGGAGAAGAUUCAGGCCCUUUCUUUUCAACGAACACGGACACAACUUUCUCUCUGUCUGCACUGCACUAUAAUCUGUCACCUGCACCUCUCUGCCCUCUCGUGUAGCCAUGGAGAAGGUCCAGCACAUAACCCGCUCGGCUAUGAGGAGAGCCUCAAACAUUGAGGUCAACCCACAGACCCGGCAAAACCUGCAGGAGCUUUUUGUCAAUUUCUCUCUGAUUCUUAUUUGCCUGUUGCUCAUCUGUAUAAUUGUCAUGCUUCUCUGAGGCUUCCUACUGCGUACAAGAAAGACAGACUAUACAUAUGCCUACUGAAAGGAAUUGGCACUCACCUCUGUAAAGAUGUGGCACUAUUUAUAAGCUUGCACAAUGUAAGAACCUACGUAUUUCUCCAGGAGCUCCAAGAAGGGGCAAAAAUCACAUGGUGGCUCAAGGGUGAAAAACAGAAGAAAAGCCAAAGCAGAACUACACUACGAGUAGGCCAAAGUAUCACAUCAGACAUGGAUCUUGCCAAUAACAGAGGCCUCAACCUGAUGCUAAAUUUCCUGCUAAUUGUGAUGGUGCUACUGCUAAUGUUCAUCAUAGUAAAGCUCCUGUGAGAUCCUUCCUUCAUAUCAUUCUGGGUAAAAGCAACAACUCCAGAGAUAAUAAUGACAAUUGGAAAGAACUGCAAUUCCUUUAUCCCUCAUGGGACAUAAAUACUACAUUUUCCAUUCUGAAAACAACUUGCUUUUUUCACACACUAACUUAAGAGAGAUGUACAUAAUUUUAAGUGAUUUUAAAGAGGAAAAUGGGUGCCACAAAGCAAUUAGUUACCUUUAACACAUUUGCUGGACUGCUUGGAGCACUGUAUAUUUAAAAUUAUUUUAUAAUCAAGUUUUAUACUUGUGUGUGUGUGUGUGUGUGUAUAUAUAUAUAUAUAUAAAAUAUACUGACAGGCACUCUCGACAAACAAAGAUCAAAGAUGCCUGGGUGCAGUACAAAAACGGAGUAAAGUAACAGAAAGUAACUGGCACCACACUCACAGGAUUUAUGAAAAUACAAAGAGGUUUAUUCAGAGUUGUGUCUAACGUUUCGGCUACCACUGCAGCCUUUCUCAAAGUCUUUGUGUCUUGUUUUAUCUAAAACAGUAUUGAACCCACUUGACAGAUGUCAUUAACAACAGUGUUCUAGAACUAGUAAAGUUUGUGCGGAAAAAAAAUAAUACCCAUUUUAUAAUGCCUUAACAUGGCACUUAAAAGUUAAUAUGGUAUAAAAAGAAUGAUGGAAAACUAUUGCUGCCAUGGUGAUAUUAAGGCAUGCCAAUGCAGGCUAAUUGCUUUUAUACAGGCCAUGGAACUACAACAAUAUUAAAAGUCACUAAUGUCCUGUAUAAUUGGUAGUAAGUUGUAGAAUAUUCCAUUAAGCACAGACAUCUAAAAACCUGUAUCUGGCAUAUUGUUCUCCUGUGAAAUAGCCCUGGCAGCAUGGAUACAAAUGGCAAAAGAUUCCCCUUUAGUUUAAUACUACCGGUAAUGAUAUUUUAAUGUUGACAGGUAAAAUGUAGGGUGAAGACAAAAAAAAGGCAGGGAAGUCUGGAACACAUUCCAAGUCUCACUGUCCUAAAUAGAAAUCUUUCAAGACAUAUUUAAGUAAUGAAUUUAAUGUUAAGUUUUGAUGUUGUACACCAGCUCUGUUGCAUACCACUAACACUUUGACCUCGCACCAACUUACCUGUAAGAUGAGUCUUUAAGCACUUUUACACAAUGUAUUUUUUAAAGUAUCAUUCAGUUUUAUGUAAAAGAAUGAACACACAGUUAUUGCAUUAUUUAUUGGACCCAAGAAGGAUUGUCCAUUGUAUCUAUAUGCCCAGCAAAGGCAGCUGUAGAUUAUCCUUGGCAUUUUAACUAAACAUCAGACAUUUUAAAAUUUAAAAAAAUGACUGUACAUUUGAGGUGGCCAAGAAAAAUCAAGUAUGACUACAGAUGGAGUGAUACAGAGACUGGGACAGAUAAACAGAUAGACCAGCAGAUAUUCUGUUCUGCAAAUACACUGUGCCUGUAAAUAAAAAUGUUUUGUAUUUACCCACUGUA